AAAUAUGGCACGAACACACUACACACUUCAGGCUGGGGCUGUAGCACAACUACUAAUGCACAGUACAUGCAACUGUUAUCUAGGUCAUUGUCAAAAAGCCUAGUAAUAAAAACUAACAUGAGUCUACUGUUCGUUAGAAGUCGGUGCAAUGCCGUUUCAAAUGUAUGUAACGUGUACAUACAUGUCCCCAUAUGGCAGUAGUCAAAAAUAUACAAGAUUUGACCGCACUAUGCAUGAUUGUCUUCUGUUGAAGACGGUCCACACGUGGUGGAUUUCCUACGCCUGUGGUAUCAACUUCUCAAAUGUAAGUAUUGAGUCCCCACUUAAGGGGGUAUGUGGGUUAGUCAUAGGGUUAUUUUAAAAAAAAUACCAACUUCUUUUUUUUUUGCUAAAUGAAAGGGUUAAUAUGUAAAUAAUAACAUCCUAAAAUAUUUUUUGGAACAACAAAGUACAAAAAGGAAAAAUACUGCAUUUAAAUCUUGUUUACAUUUAUUUGUCUUCAAAACUGAAAGUAAACAAACCGAAAAACUUGCUUAGAAUCGGUUCUAGGAGGCCUACAAACAUAAUUUUUGCACCAAAAUGUUCAGAAAUGAUUUCUCUACAACUCUCUAGAGCCAUCCUAAUGUGUAUAUAAAGUCCAAUUUCAUUGGUUCCUGCUUUCCAUUUACUAAUGCUAACAGCCUUCCAACUGACCAAUCACAGCGCAGGUUUUAAACGCCUCCGGCUUUCUAAUCAAACAUGGUUGCCAGUGUACAGGAAUGAUCUAAAUCGAAAGGUGUUUUGUAAAACUUAGUCCUGUAUUACCUGAAUAAGUGUAAUUACUGUGUUCCGUGAAGCAUGGAUAAUGAAAGGAGAAAGUUUAGAUCACGAGGAAAGCGUAAACGAAGGUUUUAUGGAAAUCAACACUCCUCAACACGAGAUUCAAGUGAAGUAAGUGGUGAUCAACAACAACAACAACAUGAAGUUAGCGAUCGAAGGGAUGGCUGUGGUUUUGUUUCUAGUCAACAAAUGGACAAUGUUGAAGCCCCAACAACACAGAGUGCUUCUAAAAGGAAGCUAGACUGUAGUGCUACAGUGUGUGAGCAGACUGAUGGCGGUGUCAGUGAUAAACUAAGCGGUUUUAGACUUAUGGAUUUGUCAGUACUUUCAGCUACAUUUGAGCAGUGCUGUGUUUGUAAAUCAUGUCGAAGUGGGAACCUUGUGCUUUCUGAGGACUUGCAAAGGAAAAAAGGUUUAUCAAUGUAUUUGGAGCUGACAUGCUCAUUUUGUCAUAGACAAACUGAACUCUAUACAUCAAGCAAAUGUGAUAGGAGCCAAGUGUAUGAGGUGAAUAGACGAGCCGUAUUGGCUAUGGCUACCCUCGGUCAGGGAUUGAGCUCGCUUGAAAGUUUUUGUGCCGACAUGGAUAUGCCACCUCCCAUGACCCCUGAUGUCUAUAGAGACACCCAUGAUGCUAUUAUAGAUGCCACAAAAUAUGUUGCACAAGAGAGUAUGCAACAUGCGUCCAAUCUGGAACAUGAAACAGUCGGCGCUGAUUACAACACUCCCGUGGACACUAAAUGUAUGUUUGACGGCACGUGGCGUCGCAGAGGACACGCCUCUCUCCAAGGAGGAGUCACAGCUAUUUCACCAUAUUCUGGGAAAGUACUGGACUAUGAGAUACUGAACAAAUUUUGCAAGGGGUGUAGCUACUGGGAAUCCAAGGAUAAAGAGUCUGUUCCAUACCAGCAGUGGGCAGCUAACCAUAAAUGCAGCAUCAAUCACGAAGGAUCUGCAGCAGCCAUGGAACCGAUAGGAGUGAAAAACAUUUACUUGAGAUCAGUGGAAGAGAGAAAGCUAAGAUACACACAAUACAUCGGGGACGGGGACUCAAAGUCAUUCUCUAACAUAAGUGAGAAGGAAAAGCCCUACGGUAAUGUUGAAAUCGUGAAAUUAGAAUGUGUCGGUCACGUGCAAAAGAGAAUGGGAACAGGUCUAAGAAAUCUGAAAAAAUCAAGUGGAAAAAAGAAACUUUCUGACAAUAAAACACUUGGUGGGAGAGGGAGGUUAACAAACAAAGUUAUUGAUAAACUUCAAAUUUAUUAUGGUCUAGCGAUAAGGCGAAACAAACAAAACCUCAAAGGUAUGAAACGGGAAAUUUUGGCUGGCCUGUACCACAGUGCCAGUACAGAUGAAAACCCACAGCAUCAGUACUGCCCAGAAGAAGAAGAUACCUGGUGCAAGUGGCAGCAGGCUAAAAAAAACAGUACUUCCCAGGACUACGAACACAAACACCCACUUCCACCAGCUGUUAUAGAGGCUAUCAAGCCUCUGUAUACUCGCCUGUCACAAGAAUCCCUUCUGAAACGGUGUUUGGAAGGGCAUACGCAAAAUAAUUGCGAAUCAAUAAACAGUUUAAUUUGGCAAAGAUGUCCAAAGGAAAAAUUCAGUGGUAUCAGGGGGUUGUCUUUUGCUUUUGCUGAUGCAGUCAUUCAAUUUAAUGAAGGGAAAUUGGGUGGGAAUAAAGUACUUGAACGUUUAGGCAUUCAAAAUACUGUAUUUUUCACUGUCGGAUACAAAAAGCGUGACAGCAGACGUAUUGUUUCUAGCAUAACAAAGGCAUCUGAAAUAACAAAAAAGAUUAGACAAAGCAAAAGACAGCAUAGAGUUAUGCAGCAGGAACACUCAAUGGAGCAGGAGGGCACAGUAUAUGAAUCUGGGGCAUUUUAAGUCCCAUAUGUUGUACAACCAUUUCUGAAAUUGGUAAACCCUUUUCAAAUGCAAAUUACUCGUUUUUCACUUUUUUCGUGUUUUGACUUGGUUUGGCAGCUCUAUAUCUCUUAUUUUUGGUCCUAUUGGAAUAAAAUUUUUAGGAUGUAUUCUAUAUAUCUGGUGUUGUGCAAUAAACCAGUAAAAGUUUCAAAGUUUUCAUUGUAACCUAGCUAUAUGGGCAAAAUUUACAUAAAAGCGGAUUAUGCAAAUUAGCCACCAGUCUAAAAAAUAAUGUAAAAAAUAAAUACUGCUCUGAUAUAAUAUCUGAUAGGGUUAGUGCACAAUAGGAGCCAUUCUGGAAAUUCUAUAACUUUUAUUGAAAUUGAACCAAAAUUGUGGAAUAUAGCACUGACAACACGUUUUCGCAUAAUUAAUGAGCUUCCGUGGUUACCAUGGCAACCGUAUUUAGAUAAUUAUGCUGGUUAAAUUUACUUUUAAUGCCUAAUCCCAUUAACACGUUGACUGCUGGCUGAUAUGACCAUAAUGGGUCAAAUAGGCCAAGCAUGGAUUAUGAUACAUACUAUCCUUGUAUUCAAUUUCCACAUACUGAAACCAGUGAC